CCUUACUCAAUUCCCAUGCACCAAAAAUUAAGACACAGUUUUCAAUUGAGAACACAAAGAAAUGAUGAUGAACCAAAAUCAAGCAAUGAUGAGAAAAACAAGAACGUUCCAAUUGCAAAAAGCACCAUCCAAUAUACAAGAGCAUCAAUUCAUGAUGACAUCCCCUAAUGUUAUUGACCAAUAUUCCAAUUUUACCCCCAAGAAAGCAUCACCAUCACCGCCACCGCCGCCGCCGGUGAAAUUUCCAACAUCACCGGAACAAAUAUUUGGACAAGAGAUCAUACACUUCAGCCAUCCACAACACAGCUUGUCAAUGGUGGAGAUGGGGGAGGUGUUUGUGUGUGUGGGAUGUAAGGAAUAUGGAUGUGGAAAGAGAUUUGUAUGCCAAGAAUGUGAGUUUCAGCUUCAUGAUUUUUGUGCUUUUGCUCCUCCUGCUCUCAAGGCACAUCCCUUGCAUUCUCAGCACUCCAUCUUGUUCCAUUCCAAACCAGCUAAAAGUGGAAAAUCCAAAUGUGAUGUUUGUGGGAAACCAACCAAAGGCUUUGCAUUCAUAUGCACUGCAUGUGGCUAUCAAAUGCAUCCAUGCUGUGCCAUGCUCAACACUGAAAUUGACUACCCACCUCAUCCACACACCCUUAAGAUCCUCCCGGCCGCCGCGACCGCCUCGGCCGCAGACUCCACCGGCUUCAUAUGUGGGGAGUGCAAGAGGAAGAGGUCAGGUAGGGUGUAUAAAUGCACUUCUCCUCAAUGUGAGUACUAUAUCCAUGCUUGGUGUGCUAAGAGCAAGGUUAAUGGGCUCAAGGCCCAUGGUAUAAAGCCCCCAGAAAAGCCCAGCAUGAUUGCCACUGCUGCAAAAGUUGCUUCACAAGUUGUUAUUGAAUUCAUUGGUGGGUUGGUUGAAGGCAUUGGAGAAGGUGUUGGAGAAGUUCUUGUUCAAAACAUUACUAAAGGAAGUGCCAAUGAUCAUUCUCACACUUCCAAUACUAGUAAUACUACUAGCACAAGAACUAGGCCUCACUAAUUAAUUAUUAUUAUAUCUGGGUAAAUUAUUUUCAUUUUCCUUAAAAUAUGUCAUAUAUAUUACACCCCACAUUUUCUAAAUACUAAGAUUAUAUAUAGGUUUAAUUACUCUAUUGGUCCCUAUAGUUUAGCGAAAUUUUCAAUUAGGUCCCUAUACUUUUUUUUUCUUUUUAAUUGAGUCCUUGCGCCAAAUUUUAUUUUAAUUGGGUCCCUACACUUUUUUUUUCCUUUUAUUUAGGUCCCUAUACCAAUUCUUUUUUUUUAGUUGGGUCCCUAUAAAAUUAAGCCAAUUACUACUAAGAGAGACUUAAUUGAAAAAAAAAUAGUGCAGGGACCCAAUUAAAAAAAAUAUAAAGACCUAAUUGAAAAUUUCACGAAACUAUAGGACCAACAGAGUAAUUAAACCUUAUAUAUAUAGCACUUGACUAGUAUUUUAAUUACUUCUUUUAAUUAAAAUUUGGGAUUAAGAAGAUUGUGAUCAAUAGAUACAUAUUUCACAAGUUAAAGAUUGUGAUCAUAUAUAAUUAAUAUCACCUAGUUUUUGGAAAAAUGUCAAUAUGAUUUACCCUAUAUAAUAUUAUAUAUUAUUGUGUGGUGAAUUAAUUAGUGUUAGUGGUAAUAUGCUUAAGAUGGCUCCAUUGAAUUAAUUAUCACAAAUUGUUCCAUUAUUGUAUUGGGAAUGAUAAGGAAUUGUAUAUCAUUGAUUUGUGCAAGUAUUUAUACCUUUGCUUUUCUUCUCUUUUGUAUAUU